UGCUCUCCGCUUGCUGCUCGAACCCACAAGUUUGUGAAAAGAUUUUAAAGUGACGAGUUAAACGAACCGCCAUGAAUUUGGUGACACAAUGAAUUUAAAACACACUGUUGCUUUAUUUCAAGCGGAAUGAACACACUGCAUUGGUGUUAAAAUGAGGGCGACCCUUUUAAACGGACUACUCUUGCUCUUUGUCGGAGUCGCACAAGGGGCUUCAUUCUAUGGUGAUGGAUUUGUGCAGUUAAAAGGGACAGAGACGUCUAGCCGCAACACACUGCACGUUCGUUUCCGCACCUCCAGCCUGAAUGGCCUGCUGUUCCUGGCUGCAGGGCAGAAUGAUUUCCUGCUGCUGGAGAUGAAUGCUGGCAGACUCCAGGUAAGGUUGGAUCUGGGAUCUGGAGAGCAGAUGCUUGUCUCAGACAGUGGAACCCAGCUGAAUGAUCUGGCUUGGCACACUGCAGAGCUUUUCCAUGACAUGUACAAUGUCACACUGACUGUGGACAACCACUCCAAGACCAGCCUGCGAAUGCCAGGCCCAGAGCGAGAGCUGCACAUCAAUAACGGCUUGUACGUUGGUGGUACGGGAGGUUUGGAUCAGGCGUAUCUGUCCAGAGACCUCAAUGGCUUCCGUGGUUGCCUCGAUGAAGUAAUAUUUAAUCAGCACAACCUCCUUUCAUCUUUAAGGCCCUACUCAGGCUUCAAAAAUGUCUAUGAGGUUUCCCUAGGAUGCAGUCCUCAGUUUUUUGCCAAUGAGGAUGACCCAAUCAGCUUUUUCAGCUCACGGGCUUACAUAUCCCUUCCUUCUUGGACGGCACGACACGAGUGGGUUUUUGAAUGCUCAAUCCACACAUCAGCCGAAGAAGGGAUUGUUAUGUACAACUCAGCUCGACAGGGAGAUUUUGUUGCCCUUGAGAUCCAGAAAGGUCUCCUUGUUGCAGUGGUCGGUAAAGAUGGAAGUAAAUCAGAGCUACGUUCCCUUACCUUCAUCAGUGACAACAAAUGGCACAACGUUCAGCUCUUUUUCACACCGAAAAACCUCCAACUUACAGUAGAUGGAGAAACCGUCAAGUCCAUCAUUACCUCCAGAUCAAAAGCCUUUCAUCUGAAAGGUUCCCUUUUUCUUGGGGGAAUUGAUGACAGCGCACGUUCUGAGGUCAGAAAGGUUGGCCUUUCGUCAGUAGCAGGGAAACGUGUUAAAGGUGGUUCCUUCAAAGGAUGCUUCAGAGACAUUAAAAUAAAUCAUGUCAAAAUGGGUCUCCCCAAUGCUGUGGUAACCAAAGACAUCUCUGUUGGAUGUGAACCUGAAAAGGAGCUGGAUAUAAGCACCACAGUGAGCCCAACUACCAUUCCCAUAACCCUUGUUGACUCAGUCACUCAGCUGCCACCCCCAGAUGUAUCCACCCUCGCCAAAGGUCUCGUCAAAAAGUAUGGACACAAUUUUUUACAGCUUAGGAACCUUGUUGUCCCAGAAGGUGGUAGGGGAUCCUUGGAUUCAAAGCAUAUUAAAGUAAACCUUGAUUUCAAGAAGCUUGGCAUCCGUCAGUCUCAAAUCAUCUUUAGGAUUGAAGAGCAGCCGGUGCAUGGUCAACUUAGGCUUGAUGUAGACCAGGAACAAGCUGAGCAUACAUUCAGCAUGCUGGAUUUGUGGCACGGCAGAGUGAUGUACAUCCAUGGGGGAUCUGAAGACCCGCAGGACUUCUUCAUGUUCUCUGUGUUCUCCAGUAGCAGAAAGGAAGUGCCAGGCUAUCUAAAGGGACACAAGUUGCACCGGUAUAAUAUCACCAUUACGCCAACCAAUGAUGCCCCUGAGUUGAGUCUACCUGAGGGGAAUCUGUUUACCCUUUUGGAAAACUCCAAGAAGAGGCUGACCACUGAUGUUCUGAAGGCUAUAGACAUUGACAGCAAUUACACAGACCUUGUUUACUCUGUAUUAGGGAACCUUAAUGCCGAUGCAGGGUAUUUGGAGAACGAAGACAAUCCAGAUGCACCCAUAACUUCUUUCUCCCACUCAGCUCUUGUAGACGGAAAAAUAUACUAUGUCCACACGGGUGUGAGGAACUCUAGGAUUGUGUUGAGAGUCAGUGAUGGAGAGAAGGUGAGCAACACAGUGGUUCUUAGAAUAAUGGCUGUGGGUCUUGAAUACAAAAUCUCCAAUAAUACAGGACUGGAAGUGAUCCAAGGAGAGAAGUUUAUUUUAAGCACCAAACAACUGGGCGUAUGGACCAAUGCAUUGAAGCAGGUGGUUGAAAUUCGUUACGACGUGAUUGAGCCACCCACAUUCGGUGAGCUCCAGAGGAUGCACUCAAGUGGCGAAUGGAAGAUUACCAACUCGUUUUCUCAAAGAGUUCUUGAAAAGGAGCGUUUGAGGUACCUCAGCACCUACCAGUCCAUCCAAACAAGUAACAGCACGGACCACUUCAAGUGUAAAGUAACUGUGGCCUCCAGAGCUACUGAAGAAUUGGUGUUUCCCAUAAAGGUAAAGUGGAUACACUACACAAUAAAGAACAAUAAACCUAUAGAGCUGGAUAAAAUUACGAGAGCUGUAAUUGACUCAGAGCAUCUGUAUGCAACAGCACACGGUGUACAUUUGUCUGAGGAUGAGCUUCGUUUUAGAUUGUUGACUUUACCCAAAAGGGGAAUAAUUGAAGUGAACAAUGCCAGGCUGGAUGCAAAUUCCACAUUUCGUCAAAAGGACAUCAGAGAUUUGAAAGUUAAAUAUCAGCUAAUGGAAAGAUCAUACGAGGACACCAGUGAUGAAUUUGUUUUCCACAUAUUCUCAAAGCAUGCACAUUCUGCAAGUCAUGUUUUCAAAAUCAAUAUCAAAGCAGAUGUCAACAGCAUUUUCAUGACAAACAAUGGGCUGUCGCUUCUUGAAGGUGAAAGUAAGCUCAUCACAAAGGAUGAGUUGUUUGCUGAAACUCUAAGCACUAAAGAAAUGUACUACACAGUCACAAAGACGCCGCACCAUGGCAAGCUAAUGCGAAUCAACUUGUCCAACUCGACCAAAGACUUUGACAAUAUCAUGUCCUUUACCAAUCAAGACAUUCUUGAGGAACGUAUUAUGUAUGUUCACGAUGACAGUGAAACAACUCUUGAUGGUUUUACCUUCAUAGCCUCCACAAGUCCAAUAACAAAGCUUUCCUUAACAGAUAAUGACAUUGGCUCCAAGGAAGGUGUCUUUAACAUCUCAAUCCACCUGGUUAAUGAUGAGAAACCCAUCCGUGUUGUAGACAGAGUUUUUCAUGUUGUCAAAAAUGGACAGAGAUUACUUACACUUGAUGACCUGUGCUACCAUGAUGCAGAUUCAGACUUCAGUGAUGGGCAGCUUGUCUACACCCGCCGUGGUAUCCCAAUGGGGGAUUUGGUUCUUGCAAAUGACACUUCACAAAAGCUGUACCAGUUUCGCCAAGAAGACUUGGAACAGAAUCGAGUGCUUUUCAUUCACCACGGGAUGAACUCUGGCCGCUUUGUUCUCUUUGUGUCAGAUGGCAAGCACUAUGUGUCCUCUCUGUUGGAUAUUAGCGCACAGGAUGCUUAUUUAAAAACUGGAAAUAACACAGGCCUGUUGGUUCAGAAAGGGCAAGCCAAAACUCUUACUAAUGCUAACUUCAGUGUAGAGACAAACCUUGACAUCCGAAAUGAUAAUGAAAUAUUAUUCACAAUCCAAGUGGUUCCAAAGCAUGGGGGGCUUUAUUUAAAAAACAACAAAAUUGAGUCGUUCACCCAACAUGACCUGAGGAAUGGCUACUUGUCUUAUCAACAUGACAACAGUAAGAACCUGGCUGAUGUUUUUACACUGCUGGUGGAAGCAAAGGACCUUCGUCUUGAUGUUAAAAUCCAUGUGAAGGUGUACCUGGAAAGCCAUCAAAGGCCACCCAUUGUCCUUCAUAACAAAACCUUGCUGGUGGAGGAGGGAAAACCAGUCAAAAUUGAGAGCAACAAACUCAAGGUGACUCAUGAAGCCAGUUCACCUUCAGAAAUAACAUUUACUGUCAAAGUUGCUCCAUCUCAUGGAUAUUUACGGCAUUUUAUUGAGGGUAAGGAUCAGUACCAAGGAACACAAGAGGACCCAUUAGUGAUCUUUUCCCAGCAGGAUGUUAAUGCUGGCAACGUUCAGUAUGUACAGGUGGCACCUGGCCAAAAGAGUGAUUCAUUCAUUCUGGAGGCCAGCAAUGGGGUCGCAGAGGUCAAUGACAUCAUCAUGUCUGUGGAUAUCAUCCCAUGGCUCAUACCCAUUGAGGUGUCCAAUAUCACUCUGAAAGAAGGGGCAUCCAAAGCUCUCACAGAGGACGUUAUCAAAGUAACAAACCCACAUUUCUCAGGCCUCAAUUUCGUGUACUACGUCUCAGAGGGUCCUCUGCACGGCCGCAUUGAGAAUUCACGUUUCAGGGGGAUACCCACAACCUACUUUACAAGGAAGCAGGUGGAACAGGAGUUUAUUUAUUAUGUCCAUGACAACACCGAAACCUUAGAGGACCGCUUCACUAUCACAGCGAAUGACACAGACCUGCGAAAACACAGCGCGCCGUGGACCGUGCAUGUCCAGAUCACAGCCGUCAAUGACGAGCCUCCAGCCAUUACAGCCAACAGGGUUCUCAGGGUGUGGGUGGACUCCAUCACAGAGAUCACCCCAGAGGAUCUAAACGCAGAAGAUGAGGACACACUUCCUGAGCAGCUGGAAUACAUCAUUACCCAACCCAGCAAUGGUCACAUGGCUCUAAAGACUGCCCCCAACAGGCCUAUCAUGAACUUUACUCAAGCUCACAUUGACCAGCGCCAACUGCUCUUCGUACAUAUUGGGCCGAUGGCAGGAGGCUUCAACUUCCAAGUAAAUGAUGGUGUGAACUUUGCUCCCAGGCAGAUAUUCAGUAUUACAGCUCGUGCCCUGGUUCUUAAUCUAAAGAAGGCUGGACCUCUUAAGGUGUUUCCAGGCUCCUUAUCCUUGAUUUCAAACGACAUUCUUCAGGCCGUGACCAACGAUGAUACCGGCGUCUCAAACAGAUCCAUUUAUUUUACUGUGAUCAAUCCUCCAAAAUUUGGAAAAUUGGUCAAUUUGAAGGCAGACAAGACCACAAGUGAUAUUUCGUCCUUCACACAACAAAUGGUGGAUGAGGGUGAAGUAGCAUAUCAGCAAAGUCAUGGGACGUCUUUGGGAUGGGCAGCGCUAGACAAGUUCACAUUUACUGUGUCCUCUCCACCUGCUAUGCUUGAAGCCCAGACAUUUGACUUUGACAUCUCUUACGAAAAUAUUGGACCUGAACAAAGUUCUGUGCUCCUCAAAAAUAAAGGUGUGGUGGUAACUGAAGGAGAUAAAGUCCUAAUUGACAAAUCAAUGCUGGAUGCAUCCAAUCUCAUGACGAAACAACCCGAAUCCAAGCGCAGUUCUUAUGAGGUUUGGUAUCAGGUCACAUCUCUUCCAAAGCAUGGUGUCAUUGUCGUUGGGGAACGAAAUCUUACAAAAGAAAAGCCCAAUUUCUCUCAAUUCAUCCUUAACAAAUAUGGAAUCACAUACCAUCACGACAGCUCAGAGACAACCCAUGACCAUUUUGACUUUGAUGUGUAUCUGAACCUAAAGAGCAAACCACCAACCCGCCCCCUUGAUACCUCAGAGGUCGUGUCAGAAUCAUUCAACAUCACUGUAAUUCCCAUAAAUGAUCAACCACCGGUUUUGAAGACCAAAGCUCCUAGCCUCAAAGUCGUCCAGGGAGACACCGUGGCUAUCGGACCCAACAACUUAAGUGUGGUUGACCUGGACAACUCACCAAAUGAAAUCCAGUACACAGUGAUUAGCAAACCUAGCAAUGGUUUCCUAGCCAUUUCAGAACGCAUGAAUGAGUCGGUGGACUCCUUCUCCCAGGCUCAAAUCAAUAAUGGAGAGGUGUUCUUCAUCCACGACGGCAGUCCUUCAUCUGGAGCGUUCUACUUCAGCGUCACCGAUGGCCAUCAUCGUCCUUUAUAUAAACUCUUCAAUCUGGAAGUGGUAGAGAUCACAGUUUCCAUGGCUAACAACACAGAGGUGCAACUGGACCAGGGACACACUUCUGUAACUCUUACACGGUCACACCUGGCUGCUGUGACCAAUGGUAAAAACACUACAGUGCACUAUAAAAUCACAGUACCACCACAGUAUGGUAAACUCUUACUAGACAAUGAGGUCGUAACCGUUUUCAGUCAAGAUGAUCUUCAGCAGGAGAAGCUAAGCUACCACAUGGUCAACCUUGAGUCAUCCCAUGAUAACUUUGAGUUUGUGGCUUUCACAACAGAGGCGAACCUAACUAACCAAGUAGUUAACAUUACUGUGAAACCCCUUAUUAAGUACGCAGAAGGGGCAACAUUUCCUAAUGGAGUUCGAAGUAAGCUGAAGUCACAUUUGCUGAAUGUGUCCGAACUUGCUUUGCUGAGUAGUAGUGACCCAUUGUUUGAAAUUACCUCAUCUCCGGAGAAUGGCAGGAUUGUUCGGGCGACUGGCAGCAAGGGAAAGAAAGUUGAAUCUGUGAAGUCUUUCACUUUUAGUGAACUACAGCAGGAGAAACUGGCCAUCGAGCUAAAGGCGAACCUGACAGGUGUCAAUGAAGUAAAUGACUCUUUCAGAUUUGUGCUUAAAGCCAAUAACAUCCAACCUGCCAAUGGGAUUUUCACUUUUAGCAUCAUACCUCAUGUUCCCAGUCUGGAGAUGUCAACCGUGAUCCCAAUGACCACAAUCAGACCUGUUUUUCAUAACCAAACCGCUGCCAUGAGCUUGUUUCCAUCUUCAACAUCUCUACCUGUGAGGCCGACGCAACGGGUGACCAAAUCCGGGUCGAAAUACAAAGGACGCAACCGUUGGGGUAAUUCAAACAGCAUUGAUACGGGUACUACUAAUCUAAAACCAACCCAUGGUGUGGAGGAGAUUUAUCCCAUAAAUAAUACCCCAGUAAAAGUAGAGUCAGUUUCCCAGACGGGCUCCUCCUCAAACUCAAUGAUCAUCCUUUUGCCUCUUCUUGCUCUUCUGCUUCUGGUCAUUAUUGUGGUCGUGUUGGUGCUGCUCUUAAGACGGAACUGGAGGAGGAAACCGAAGCCUUUAAAGAGUACAUCAGCAACAUCCCAGGACAACCCAUCCCAUCAAGACGAGCCACACUGGCCUGCAACCGUCCCCGUUGUAACCGUCACUCCUCUAACUCCAAGAAACGCUGGAAGUUCAGCCAUAACCAGACUGCAAACCAGAGGUGAGAACUCCCCGUAUGGCACAUCUGUGUCUCUGUGCUCUUUUGGAGGCCUGGAGCCUGAAGUUUCACAGCUUUGCAGGACAACCAACCCCUCUCUGAGAAACAACCAGUACUGGGUAUGACCCUUGAACGUGUCAGUUGCGCUGCUGUCUAUGCAGGGUCAGAAAGCUCUUGGAUUUCCUCAAAAAUAUUUAGUUUUUUUUUAGGGCCCAAGUACCAGUGGUGCAAGGACCCUAUUGGAAUUGCCCAGAUUCUUCUUCUUCUCCAAAAUCAGUGGCAUUUUUGAGGGCCUAAACAUGCUCGAAAACUCACAAAACUUCACCAAAAGUGGUGAAAAUUUACAUCUGAUAUGGGUUUCAUAAGUGGGUGUGGCAAAAUGGCUUGAUAGCACCACCAAUAAAAUUUAAACAAUGUGUAUGUUUUACAUACAUGUACGAAAUGCGGUAGACACAUGUAACACACCUAUAUCUACAAAAAAGUUCCCUGGUACGAAGUCCGAAACAACAGGAGGUCUGUUUUGUGCCGUUUUUGCCAUUUUCAGGCAUUGUAUUUAAAUGAACUCCUCCUAGAGAUUUAAACAGAUCUACAACAAAUUUAGUCAGUGUAAUCUAAAGCCCUCUGUCAUGUUAAAUUGCGAAGAUCUUGAGUUUUCGUUGAAGGACAUGUCCUUGGCAGCCUGACAAACUUCGAUGUUUCACUAUGAAAAGGGAAGUUCUUAUAAUUCAGGCAUACAAUGUCCGAUCUGCACCAAAAUUUACAUUUGAUAAGAGUCCUGUCCUGAACACAUGCCCAUGACUGUAUUCAUUUAUAGCCAUAUUGCCACUCUCUACUCUAACGUUUUACACUCUUACGAACUCCUAGAGAUUUAACAACAUCAACAUCAUAUUUGGUCAGUCUAAUCAAAAGGCCUUUGCGAUGUUAAAUUGCGAAGAUCUUGAGUUUUUGUUAAAGGGUGUAUCCGUGGCGGCCUGACAAAGUUUGAUGUUUUGCUAUGGGAAUAGAAGUUGUUGUAAUUCAGCCAUACAAUGUCUGAUCUGCCCCAAACUUUACACGUUCACUAAGAAUCCUGUCCUGAACACAUCUAAAGGCCAAAAUUUUGUUCAUAGCGCCACCUGCUGGCAACAGGAAAUGACUUGUUUUACACUAACUUAAACAUGCAAUAUCCAAACUGCACCAAACUUCACAUGUUUGGUAAGAGUCCUGGCCUGAAGACAUCUAAAGGCCAAUAUUCAGUUAUAAUCAUAGUGCCACCUGUUGGCAACAAGAUCGUGCUUUGCACUAACUCAAACAUACCAUGUUCAGUCUGCACCAAAAUUUAUAUGUUUAAUAAAAAGUGCUGGCCUGAAGACAUCUACAUGCCAAUAUUCAGUUAUAGUCAUAGCGCCACUACAUGGUAGCAGGAAGUUUGGCACAUAUAAAUGACAUAUUCCUUCUAUAUUUACCACUUUAAAUGCAUAUUGCUCACCAUUCGCUGUUUUCCUAAAGCCACCGGGUGGUGUUGAGCCUGGAUGCGAGGGCCCCUUCAACGCUGCUUGCAGCUUUAAUUUUUUAUUAUCUUUAGCAAACUAAGUGCUUGAGAAAUCUCUGUUGUAUUUUUUUGCAUUUGCUAGAUGCACAAACUCAUUUGUGAAGACACUGAUGUUGGGUGUUUAAAAAGUAAUUUUUGUGCCUACCUCAGAUCAGAUAGCCUCAUAAUAAGAAAAUGGCAAAUUCAGAACAAAAAACAAUGUAUUACACUGAAAUCAUUGCAAUGGGAUAACAUUAUAUGGUACUAUGUUUUGUAUACUGAAACUAUUUAAAGCCGUAAGGAUAUUUAUUUAUGAUAUUAGAGUUUCUAAAAAUAUUAUAAUUACAUUUAUUCCGGCACUGAGAGAAUCUGUGUUUGGUGUGCACAUUUGAACGGCACAACUCUGUAUAUUUUGGGUACGAUUUACAUUGUGUAUUACAUAUGUGUGUGUGUUAUAAUUGAAUAUUUAUACAGAAGUUUUUAUACUCUCAGGAAGUAAUACCGUACAUCUUUAAA